AUGAAAGAGGAAAAUGUAGAUGCCAACGAAGUGCAUAAAUACAUUUUUAAUUUUGACCCCAAAAUUAGUUCAGGAUUAGAUCAUUAUGCAUGUAUUGGUUAUUAUAAGGGGAAGUUUAGUGUUUACUGCUGGGGAAGUAAUGCCAGUAACCAGUUGGGUUUAGGUAUAAACAUAAGAUAUGCUAAGAAUCCUUCUGUUAUUAAAUUUUUUGAAAAUUUUAUAGUUUGCUCAGUAUGCUGUACAAACUAUUCUACAUUUGUUUUAGUAAAACAAAAUAUAACAGAUAAUGGUUGUUCUAUUUAUUCAUUUGGAAAAGGAAACCAUGGAUUACUAGGAUAUAAAAAAAAGAGAAACCUUAUAAAUGAUAUGAAAUUUAUGAAGAAAGAAAAUAAAAAAGAACAAGAAAAACUAUUGGACAAAAUAAAUAAUAAAAUAAAUAGGAAAGUUCUUAAUGUAUUUAAUAUAAAUAAAAGCUUAUCUUCGUUGAAAAGUAUGGACAGCUUAUUAGAUUUUAAUAUAGAUAAUAUUUCAAGUGUAAAAAGUACUGGAGCCAAUAAUGAAAUAGAUACAAAUAAAAGAGAUAAUAAAGAAAAGGAAGGUGAAAUAAAUAAAAUGGAAAACAAAAAUUUUAAAUAUAACGAAACCAACUUAGAUAAUGAUAUACCAAAUUAUAAUGAAAAUAUAUUAAAACAACAUAUGAAUGGUAUAGAUGGAGAAGUAAGUGACAUGGAUAAGGAUUUUAGAAUAAUGAAUAAAGAUAAUGAGAAUGAAAAUAAACAUACAUAUACUGAAUAUGAAGAAAAAGAGGAUUGGUUUACUCCUUUACCCAUCAAAAUUAGGUUUCCUGAAAAUAUAAAAAUAAAGUUUAUUUCAUGUGGAGAUAUGCAUACUUUAGCUAUUUCAACAAAUGGUAUUUUAUAUGGAUGGGGUUUUAAUAAUUGUGGAUGCGUUGGUAAUGGUAGUAAUCAAAAUGUUUAUGAACCGACACCUAUAUAUGUGGAAGAAUUAAAAAAAAAAAAUGACACGGGUUAUUGUGAUGAUUUUAGUAAAUAUAAGUUUAAUGCAAAUGAAACAAAAGAAAAAUUUAUGAAAAAAAUUUUUAUUCAUUGCUCUGCCGGAAGUAAGCAUAGCUUGGCAUGUACCCUGAAUGGGGAAAUUUAUAGCUGGGGGUAUGGAGGAAAUGGAAGACUAGGAUUAGGGAAUAUUAAAAGUUACAAUAAACCUCAAUUAAUUACUAAGUUAAAAAAUAAAAUAAUUAUUCAUGUAUGUUCAGGGAAUUCUCAUUCAGGUUGUAUAGACACUGAUCAUAAUGUUUACACAUGGGGAAAUGGAAAAUUUUAUAAAUUGGGGCAUACUGGUGAUAGUGAUAUAUUAAAUCCUAAAAAAGUGGAAUUUUUUAAUCAUAAUAAGAAAAUAUUUAUGUUAAGUUUUGGUUGUUUUAAUUCUUUUGCUUUAAGUAUAAAAGGGGAUGUUUUUAUGUGGGGUACUUUUAAUAUAACAAAAGACUCUUCUUACUACGUUUGUAAAUUACCAAAACAGGUAAAUACAAAUUUUAAAUGCAUAUAUAUUCAUACUUCUACAUACAUAGCUUUUGGAGUAACUUUAGUAGGAGACUUAAUUACAUUUGGAAAUAACUAUGAUCAUGAUAAUACAUAUAUAAAAGAAAAAGAAUGGGAUACUGAUUCUGAUGUAAAUUUAAUGGAUUAUCUAAUAAGAGACCCAGAAAAUAAGAAUGAUAACAAUGAUAAAUCAUAUAAUAUAAAUUUGAAAAAAGAUAAAAUUCCAAUUAAAUAUAUUAAAGAAUUAAGAGGAAAAGUAUGUAUACAAGAUUUUUUGAAUGAUUUUUAUAAAUUGGAUAAAUUAACUUAUUAUCAAAAUAAAAUAAGGAAUGGAAACUUCUUUCCUAAUUGUGAUUAUAUGAUAAUGAAUAAUAAACUUCUCUUUGAAAAAAAUGAUCUGGUAAUAAAUUCAAGAGUAAAAUAUAUUGAUGGGAGUGAUUAUUUUAGUGUGUUUUUAUUAGAAAAUGGAAAAAUUUAUGUAUCAGGAUAUAAUAAAGAUGGAGAAUUAGGAAAUGGAAAAUAUAAUUUAAAUAAAAAAUUUUCGAUACCUAUAUUUAUAGAUGUAUCAGUUAAGAAGAUUAUUAAAAUAGCAUGUGGAAAUAAUUAUGUAUUAGCCUUAAGUGAAGUAGGAGAUGUAUAUGGUUGGGGAAAAAAUGAUAAGAGCCAGUUAGGUAUAGGAAUAAUAAAAGAUUGUUAUGAACCAAUUCAUGUAAAAUCUUUAAGUAAUGUUAUUAAUAUAUAUGCAGGAUAUGAUCAUAGUGCAUGCAUUGUUAAUAAUAAUUUUUCUCAUGAUCAAGAAAUGGAACUGGAACACGGAGAAUUAUAUGUAUGGGGAAAUGCAGAAAGUGGAAAAGUUGGUCUAGGUUUUGAUUAUACUCAAGGUUCUAUUUUAUUACCCAGAAAAGUUAAUUUACUUAAUCAAGUAUAUAAAUGUUCUUUAGGAACAAGUCAUAGUUUAUUUUUAACUGAUAAUAAUGAUUUGUAUGCAUGUGGAAAUGCAAGCAAUGGCAGAUUAGGAUUAAAGAACGAUUCCAACCAUAUUGUUAGCUAUCCUAAAAAAAUAACACUGGAUGAACAUAUAUUUAUUAAAGAUAUAUUAGCUGGUAGUACAUUUAGCAUAAUUUUAUCUAUUGAUGGCUUUAUAUAUAUAUGGGGAGAAUUUUUAAAAAAUAUAAUAUCGUAUGAUAAGCCAACUUUAUAUCCUCAAAUUAGUAACAUAAAAAAGAUUAUAGGUAAAUUUCGUCAUGUAUUAUUUCUUACCUAUGAUAACAAAUUAUUUGGUUUAGGAGAUAAUUAUUAUUUUCAAAUUCUUCAUGAUUCAAGGAAAGUUAAAUAUAUAGACACUCCAAAGUUAAUUCCUUAUUUUAUGAAAGACAAUAUUAAUAAGGUUUUUUCUUUUAAAAAUGCCUCAUUUGUUCAACUAGAAAAUAAUGAAAUUCAUGCAUGGGGAUAUGCACAAAAUUGUCAUUUAGGUAUAGGACUAACUCAAUUAACAUACAUAAAAAACCCAAAAAAAAUUGUAAAAAGUUGGUUGACUUAUGAAGAAAAAGAGUUAGAAGAUGAUCAAUACAGUGAUGAUAGUAAUGAUAAACGUAUGUGUCAUAAUUAUUAUAAGAAUGUAAAUGAAAUAAAUUUAAUAAAAAGGAAAUUUAAUAGAAAAGAAAGAUUUACGAACGAAUUUAUAUAUACUCCUUAUUAUGAAGAAGAAGUUGAAAAAUUUAUUUAUGAAAUACAAGUUACGCCAAAUGUUAUUAAUUGGGAAUAUAUUCAGAUGUUAUUGAAAAAAGAAGAAUAUAGUAAUAGUUUAGAAUAUAUUAAAUCUUUUGAAGAGGAUCUAACAGAUUUAUAUAGUAAACACAUCGAGUUUAUUUUAAACUUAAAUUCUUAUGAAAUGAAAUAUAAUGAUUUAUAUUUAAAUUAUCAAAAUUUUAUACUAUCUAAUAUUUCAAAUAUGAAUGAAUCUUUACCUUCUAUAAUGCAUACAAAAGCAACUCACAUUUUCGAUUCCAAUAUGAGCAAACUUCAAGAAUUUGUAUAUAUUCUUCAGCAACAGCCAAUGUAUUUAAUAAUUUUGUGCUUAAUUCAUAAUCAUAAAAAUAUUAAGAAUCUUAAAAGAUUAUCACGGAAAAAUGAAGGAUCUGUUGGAAAAUUAAGUAUUCAAAAUAUAAUAAAUAAUUCAUCUACUGAAUAUAAUAACAAUAAAGAAAAUGGUAGAAAAUAUAUAUCGAAUAAAUCAAAUGUAAUUAAUCAUUCUUAUGAAUAUCAUAGAAGUGGAGAAUUUAAAAAUAGUGAUUUAGAUAAAGUAAAAGAGAAACAUUCCUUUUAUAAAAAAAGCACUUUAAUUGUAUGUUCCUUUAUUUUUGAUUUAUACUAUGAUUUGAAAAAUGAAAGAGUCCGUAAUAUCUUUACCAUUUUUUUAAUUAAACUUGGUAUAGAAGAAAUGAAAAAUUGUUUACAUAUUGAUUCUUUAUUUAAGGUAGAAACAUCCAUUUUUUUUUUAUUAAUAAAAAUGCUAUUCAUGAAAAAUGAUUUUUUAAUUAAUUUUUCUUAUUGUUUAUCAAAUUUAAAUAAUGUGAAUUCAUUUGUUGUUUUAUUAAAUGAAAUGUCAAGAAAAGGACAUAAGAAGGAAUUGCAUAUAUAUAAUCACAAUACAUUUAAUCAUUCAUCUAACGUUGAUCAAAAACAUAUAUUUGAUAAUUAUGAUCAGGGAUUUUUAAUUAAUACUUAUAAUAAUAUGAACACUCCAAUGAAUCAUUUAAUUAAUAAUAAUGGAUAUAGCAAUAUGAAUAAUUUAACAAAUAACUUAAUAAAUAAUAAUGUUGAUAAUAAUAUGAAUGAAUUGAAUGAAACCAAAAAUAAUGAAAAAGACUUUUUUUUUAGCGAUUCUAAUAACGAAAAGGAUAAAGAAUUUGUACAAUUUAUAAAAGGAAAAGAAGAAGAUAACAAAUUUGAUGUUAAUAUUAAUCCAUAUAUAAAACCUGUAGAAACAUUUAAAAAUAUACAAAUUCAACAAAACAUAUUACCUAAUAUGCAAAAUGAAAUGAAUAUAAGGAAUACAAAUAUAAGUGAUAAAGAUGUAUUUUUAGAGUUAGACUUUAUCAGGGUAUUUAAAGAAUUAUGCAAAAUUUUUAAAAAUAUAAAGUUUCCCGACAUGUUUAAAAUUAUAAUGAAGUAUUUAUUUAAACAUUUUGUUAUUUAUGAAAAAAACAUAAGUAAAGAAGAUUCAAAUCAAAAUAAAAUAUAUUUUUUUAAUAAUAAAGAUGUUAUAUAUGUUCCUUUUUUUAAUUUAUUACUUAUGGCUGUUUUAAAUCCAUUAUUAAAAAAUAUUGAUAGAAUAAGAGAAAAAUUUUAUUAUCCUCCUCUUCCAUCACAUAUAAUUAGUAUUUGUAAUCGAAUUUGUGAUUUUUUAGAGGUUUUAUAUUUAAAUAAAUAUGAAUCAUUAAAUAGUUAUAAAUUAAAGAAAAAUUUCGUAUCAGUAAAAUAUAUUUACGGGCACACUUUUAAUUCUUUUAUAAGUAUUAUAAGUAAUUUGUGUAAUAUUGACGAAGAUAUUUAUGUAAAUACUUACAUAAAUUUAUUUCGUUAUCAUCUGAAUAAUACUUCAUUUUAUGUUCAAUUAAGAAUAUUUCAACUAUGCCAUAUUUUUAAUUUAUUUUUCCGUUAUCAAAAUUAUUUGCUAUUGUCAUUUAACGAUCCUAUAAUAGAAAUUGUAAAUUUUUUUUAUGCAUACAAGCAUAGAGACACCUUUUUGACAGAAAAUGUUACAGAUUCCUUACUUAAAAAUACAAAUGUAAAUAUAAUAAAUAUGAAAAAUGGCACAAAAGAAAACAAUAAGGAUAGUAAUUUAAAUAUAGAUAAAAAAAAAAAAAAAAAAAAAAGUUUUUUAUCUAAAUAUAUUCGUAAGGAUGAAAAAAUUGAUGACGACAAAAAUAAUAAAGAGGUUAAAGUGAAAUGUGAUAUUUCUGAUAAGGAGGAAAAUAAUAAAAUGAUUAAAUAUUUGGAAAAUAGAAAAGGAAAAAAUAUAAAAAAGUUAAUUUUUAACGAAGAAGAAAUUCAAUUUUUUAUAACAUGUAAACUAAUAUAUAAUAUAAAGUUAGAUAUCCGAUUUUUGUUAAAAGAAAAAAAUAUGAAUAUAUGUGAAUUCACAAGGAUACCGAUGCCUCAAUACAUAUGUUAUCGUAAAAAACCUUACAUAAAAAAUAAUGAAUACUUAUUUUCAGUUAUUCACAAAUAUUAUUAUGAAAAAGAUAAAGCAUAUAUUAUUUCAGAGUGCUUAAAAAAUUGCCCCUUUUUAGAACAUUGUAUUGAUACUAAUAACUUAAUACUAAAAUUAAAAUCGUUGAUAACUCAUUACUUGUCUUUAAAAGAUCAAAAAGAGAUAAACCUUGUUCAUUUAAUUAGGAAAACACUUGAUAUAUUAAUAUCGGAUGAAAUGGUAUUUGUUGAUUUUAGUGAAAAUUUUCCUCCAAAUUUAUAUAUACACAAAUUUAAAGAUGAGAAAUUACAUAAGUCUAAAUUGGAACAAACGUAUUUAUAUAUGUUACAAAAUAAUUAUGAUAGAAAUUCAUUUUUUCAAAUGAAAUGGAGAAAUAUAGUUAUGCAAAUAGCUUUAAACAUUUUAAGAAAGAAAAAACAUAUGAACUAUUUAAAAAAAUUGCAUAUUGAACAAGAAAAAAUAGAAGAUCUAAUAUUAAAUUAUCAAUUUAAAAUGAAAAAUGAUAUUGAAACUUUAAAAAAUGCAAUAUUUUUUGUUUCUAAAUUAUUGAUUGAAAAGCCAAUAUUGAUUCAUAGUUCUUAUUACGAAAAAGAUUUAUUUUUUAAUAAAUUAAAGAGACAAAAAGAUUUAAAAAAAGAAUACAAGUUUCCAUAUGAUUCAUCAACAGUUCAUAUAUAUGAAAUGAAAAAACUAAUUAAAAGUUCAGUUUUAAGUAAUGUACAUGAAUUGCUGAAUCCAGUAAUUGACCAUCUGACAAUAGAAAUUUUCUUUGAUUUAAAUAAUGUUAUUAAAUUAAGUCUAGUAGUAACUAAAAAUAAAAGUAGAAAUGUAAUUAAUGAACAUACAUUUACGAGUCAUGAUAUUUAUAAUAUGUAUAAUUCUUCCCCAUUCAUUUUAUAUUCUUUUUUUAAAUACAAUAAAACUUAUUUGUGCUCUAUCAAUGGAUUUAAUUUUAUGCAUUUAUUACAUAAUUUAGUUAUUGAUCUUUAUUAA